AUGUUGGUGCAAGAGGCACUGGACCACGCCGACCUCCCGGUGCUGACCGCCACCCUGGGAGCCGCAGCACUGCUUAAAAACAGUCUGUAUUGCUACUUACAGCACGUGGAAGACUCUGGCAACGCUGAAAGAUUCUCUAUAUUGCAAGCGUGCUACAAGCGCUACGUGGCCAUGUCGGAGGCGGUCGCCGAGCGCGUGCUGGACCUGCACUGCAGGGUGCUGUCCCUGUACGUGCUGCAGGACGCGGGGGGCCGCGGGGGCGCGGGGGGCGGCGCGCCCUCCGUGCAGGGCUGGUGGCUCUACAUGAAUGAUAUUCGUAAACAGUCCUCUGAAGAGACCAUGCACAUAGAGGACAGUGGUCGUAGUAUAUUACACCGACGAUUCAUCUCUGGACUCUCGCAGACCAACACGAGUACAUCGACAACUCCACUGCUCCUCAACGACAUAUUGAACACGCUGCUGUGCGUGGCGCAGCUGCUGCCGGCCGUGUGCGGGGGCGGGCGCGAGCUGGCGGGCGCGGGGGCGGGCGCGGGGGGCGGGGCGCGGCACGUGCGCGACGUGCACGCCAAGUGCAACGAGCUCUUCAAAUGCUUCGUGUACAGAGGAGCCCCGUUACAUUUUAUACACCAGGCCUUGACAAACGAAGAUCAAACGCAGAUCCCAGCACAGGACGGCCCGCAGCCCUGGUACACCUUCGUGAGUCCUCAGCUCUUCGACCGCGUCAACGACGGAGGGGCGGCCCGAGGCGCGGAGCUGCCCAGCAGGACGGCGUUGGCUUUAGAGCUGAUGGUGCUGUUGGCUCAGCCGCAACCUUCCUGGGCGCUGAUCGUUAAGGUGUUGACAAUGCGAGAUUGCUUACUGGCCCGCAUGCUGCUGGUCAGAGCUCUGCGCAACAUGAGCCCGGACAACAGCAAGUGGUCGGUGCGGGCGCAGUGGUACGCGACCGGCGCCGGCCCGCAGAGCUGCGACGGCUUCCUCUGCACUGCCGACGGGUACUGCAGGUUUAAAGGGGACAGCGACGGUACGUACCCCCGCCCCCCGCGCCCCCCACCGCGCGUCCGCCUCGCCUGUACCCCUCCCCCCUCACUUCCAGACGGCGAGGAGUACGCGCGUGCGGCGGGCGCGCUCACCUACAUCCUCGUCAGCGUGGGCAGCAAGGCGGAGAUAAAGUCCACGUUGUGCUACGGCCUCGAGAUGUCCGGCAGGGACUGGGCCGCCGGCCUGGACCGGAGACAGAUCUGGAGCGAGCGUCGCGCGGCGUGGCUGAGCGCGGUGGCGGGGGCGGCGGGGGGCGCGGUGGUGCGGGGGGCGGGGCCGCUGCUCGCCCGCGCCCUCGCCUCCCGCGCCUCACUCUUCCAGACGGUGUCGCUCUGCCUGACGUACGUGGAGCGGUCCGUGGACAGCACUGGGGCGCCGCUGCAGCUGGCGUGCGAGGCGCUGCAGGCGGCGCUGCCCGCGCACGUGGCGCCGCUCGGGGACUCGGUGCUGCUGCAGGUUCUGAUCAUGAUCGCUUACGAAGAAAUACAGAACUGGGCUAAGAAAGAAGAGGAAAAAGGGAAAAAAGAGAGCGCGGAGGGCGCGCGCUGCGUGUGCGAGGCGCUGUGCGGUGCGGACCGUGGGCCGCUGGAGCCGCAGCUGCAGCGCCUGCUCAACAAGUCUCGGCGACCACAACGUCUGUCCCAACAACACGGUCUACAGGAUUUCCCUGAGUUCGCUCAACUGAAGUUACAGUAUCCGUAUGCGUACGCGCAGGGGGACGUGGCGGGCGCGGGGGCGGAGCGCGGGGGCGACGCGGCGGCGCUCACGGACCGCCUGCUCAUGGCGGCGCCGGGCCGGGACAGUCUGCGGGACUGCAAAAAAUAUUUCUGUCAAAUGAAAUCUUUGAAUUGCAAUCUGUCUGCACGUCAAGUGAGUUCAGUACAGAGGCGCGCGGUGGUGCUGCAGGUUGUGUACGAGCACCUGCGGCUGCACGCGCGCUGGGUGUACGAGCAGCUGGGCGCGCCGCCCCCGCCCGGCCCCCGCGCGCCGCUGCUGCACACCAUGUUCCACAUAGGGCACCAGCCCUUCGACCAGUUCCUGCAGGGCGGAGGUACUCCAUCGUCGAAUCAAUUACUAAAAUUUAAACAAAAUCAAAAUAACGACUUCAUCUUCUGUACAAUCUAG